CCUUUUCUCGCCAACAAAGAAGAAAGAUAAACCUUGGCCUCUCUCUUUCCCUUUUCGGUCUUCCUCUCUCGACUGCUCUCAUCAUUACCCCCGCUCUCUCUCACCCUUUAAGCUCAAGAUCUUCCUUGCUUUCGGUGCUUUGAAAAGCAAAUCUGAGGUUCCUACCUCUUCACUUCUUUCACAAAAACUCACCUUCCCUUCUCUCUCUCUCUCUCUCUCUCACUUUCAAUCUUUUCACUUGACAGUAUAUGCAUACAAUCAGUAAAACCUUUUCUAGAGGUUUUUCAUUCUUCUCAUUAAGCUUUAAUGCUUCUCUUGAAAGGGUUUAAACCUUUUCUUUUCUUGAUUGCUUCCUCUUCACGAUCUUAUCUUUACUCUGCUUAAAAAAUAAGCUGACAGAAAAUUUUAUCAAGAAAGCGAUGCUAAAAUAUUCCCAGAAUUUUCUUCCAGCCUUAAUAAAGUGGUUACUAUUAAGGUACUUGUAAAUGGUUCUUCAGCAUCAAAUCUGUUAACUUGAGCCCACAAUAGUUAAGAAGAAACAGAGAGAAUCAGAGUAAAGCAGAGCAUUUGUUGAUGGAUUCGAGUAGUAGUCACAACUCCAGUUCAGGGUCAUUGAGAUUUCGCUCAGCUCGGAGUUCACUUCUUGCAAAUUUCACUGAUAAUGGAGUCGACAAUGAUUCUGUUUUGAAUUUCCAAGACUUUGAGGAUAAAUCCGCUGCAAGAGUGAGAGAGGAAGCUGUUAAUUAUUCAUGUUUGCCGCGGAGUUAUCCAGGUUUGCCUCCUCAUUAUCCAAGGCAGAGUUCAGCUACAAGUUCUUCAGCUAUGGAUAGUUCAUAUGGUUUGAUUGGUUCAAUAUCAAUUGGUCAUCAUGAGCAAGUUGAAAAGGUUGAUUCAAAUCCUGCUAGGCAGAAUAGCUCUCCCGCUGGACUUUUUGGGAACCUUACUGUUCAAAAUGGAGUGGGAAACUAUUCUGGGUUGAAUGGUACUAAUAGAGAAGCAAGUCCAAGAUUGCAGAGUCAACUUAGCUUCUCAUCAAGAGUACCUUCUUCUUUAGGCUUGUUGUCACAGAUUUCUGAAAUUGGGAGCGAAAGCAUGGAGGCAGGCAGCCCUGACAGUGGAAAACUCUCAAGUGUCAGUGUUGACAGUCGAUUUUAUAGCAGUCACGGGUUUCCGUAUGGUUCUUGGAAUGAUUCGCAUUUGUCAGAGAACUUUAGCAGCAUGAAAAGAGAGCAAGAAAAUGGAAACUUGUUUUCUAAUGCUCAGAACGGAGAACUUGGAAAUCGGGCUCAUGUAUUAUCCCACCACUUGAGUUUGCCAAAGACUGCAAUGGAAAUGGUUGCCAUGGAAAAGUUUCUCCAUUUCCAAGAUUCUGUUCCUUGUAAAAUUAGAGCAAAGCGUGGUUGUGCCACUCAUCCUCGAAGUAUCGCGGAAAGAGUGAGAAGAACUCGGAUCAGUGAAAGAAUGAGGAAACUACAAGAGCUUGUUCCAAACAUGGACAAGCAAACGAACACAGCAGACAUGUUAGAUUUGGCUGUAGUGUACAUUAAAGACCUUCAGAAACAGUACAAGACACUAAGUGACAACCGAGCCAACUGCAAGUGUUUAAGCAAGCAGAAGCCAGUGCAAAACAGAAUUGUUUGAGGUGCUUCUGUACAGAAAUCCAAGGGGCUGUUCGACCAGUUCUUGUUGAUCUUUAGCAUCAGUAAGCGAAGAUAAAUAUUUUUUUUUUAUGUAGCAAGUUUGGUAGAAAUUUCCACCCUCAUGUUCUGAUCCUGAAGCUAACAAAGCUUCCAAUUACUCAAUACCUGAAAAAAAGCCAUAAAUGUACAGAACAUGUUGUAACGCAUCAAUUCCUUGUUAUGAAAAGAUAAAUGCAUUAAUUCCU